AUGGCCAGGCUCUUGGUGAAAUUCCAAAGGUACUUCCGGCGGAAACCCAUCCGGUUCUUCACACUGAUUGCCCUCUACUUGGCCGCCGGCAGCUUGGUGUUCCUCCAUGCCAGCUUCAUCAGUGAGCCGAGAGUCUCGGACAAUGCACCCAGUGCCAACGACGGCACCAGCGGCAGGGCCGAACUCCAGUAUUUGGGGACGCUGCAGCUUAGGAGGGAAUUUAAAGAGUUGCAGGAGCCUUUGACAACUGCCCGGAGGUAUGGCUCCUGGUUUAAAAACCCCUCCAAGGACAUCCCAGGAAGGGUCAGUCCAGGAGACUACGGUGGGACCUGGAGCAGGGCCCUCAAGGGCAGGAACGUCCGUGAGAAGGAGGAAGACAAAGAGCAGGAAAGCACUAAGUACAUUGGCUGUUAUGUAGACAACAUCCACCACAGAGCCCUCCGUGGAGUGUCCUUCUUUGACUACAAAAAGAUGACAUUGUUCCGUUGCCAGGACAACUGCGCCGAGCGGGGCUACCUCUAUGCAGGUCUGGAGUUUGGAGCUGAGUGUUACUGUGGGCACAAAAUCCAGGCCGUCAAUGUGAGCGACUCAGAAUGCAACAUGGAGUGUAAAGGAGAGAAGAGCAACAUUUGUGGGGGAGUGAACCGCCUUUCCAUCUACCGCCUGGAGCUGGCGCAGGAGUCUGCACGGAGAUAUGGCAGCGCCAUAUUCCGCGGAUGCUUCCGCAGGCCAGAGAACGUGUCCUUGGCUUUGCUGGCAAGCCGGGUGAUGAAAAACAUGUCUGUGGACCGAUGUGUCGACUUCUGCACAGGGAAGGAAUACCCUCUCGCAGUGCUGGCCGGCUCCUGGUGCCACUGUGGCUUCCCAACCACCCUCUUCACCUUGCAUGAGCGCGAAGAUGAGCAGCUGUGUGCGCAGAAGUGCAGCGGUGAGGAGUUCGAGAGCUGCGGCACCUCUCAGUACUUCAUCGUCUACCAAACUCAAGUGCAAGACAACCGGUGUAUGGACAGGAAAUUUUUAACUACUCGAGCGAAACAAUUCAUCGCCCUUGCCAGCUUUCCCGGAGCAGGCAACACUUGGGCACGCCACCUCAUUGAGUUAGCGACAGGCUUCUACACCGGCAGUUAUUAUUUUGACGGGUCUCUCUAUAACAAAGGGUUUAAAGGCGAAAGGGACCACUGGCGGAGCGGACGGACAAUCUGCAUCAAAACUCACGAGAGCGGGCAAAAGGAGAUCGAGGCGUUCGACUCGGCCAUCUUGCUGAUCCGGAACCCGUACAAAGCGCUUAUGGCCGAAUUCAACCGGAAAUAUGGUGGCCACAUCGGCUUCGCUUCUCAUGCCCACUGGAAAGGGAAAGAAUGGCCAGAAUUUGUCAAGAACUACGCCCCCUGGUGGGCCACUCACACCAUCGAUUGGCUGAAGUACGGCAAAAAUGUUCUGGUGGUGCACUUCGAGGACCUGAAGAGGGACCUCUUUGUGCAGCUCAAGAGGAUGGUGAGCCUGCUGGGCAUCGUAGUCCUCGAGGACCGGCUCUUGUGUGUCGAGGGCCAGAAGGAUGGGAACUUCAAGCGCUCUGGGCUGAGGAAGCUGGAGUACGACCCCUACACGCCGGAGAUGAGGAAGACAAUCAGCGGCUACAUCAAAACGGUGGACACGGCUCUGAAACUCAGAAACCUCACAGGGGUUCCAGAAGACUACUAUCCGAGAUGA